AUGGGCGCCGCCGCUGAUAACGCCGCGCCGCGGCAGGGGGAGGCUGAGCGGGGCAGAGGGAGGGCGCCGGCGCCGGCGCCGGAGGCGAGGGAGGUGAAGGUGGUGGUGGAGGAGCCCCCGCCGGCGGCGGCGGUGGCGAGGCUGCAGGCGCAGCGGGCGCUGCCGCCGCUGCAGGUCACCACGCAGGCGCCGCCGACGCCCAUGACGGUGGCCUCCGGCGGCGUGGACCAGCCGCCGCCCCUGGCCAAUUACCAACCGGUCAUGCAGACCCCACCACCGCCGCUGGCGUCGUUGAACUCGCGCGUGUACACGAACCAGAUCUCGCUGUGCCUGUUCCUGCUCCACCUGGCGGCGGCGGGGCUCGCCGUGGGCUUCUUCGUGUACAGGGCAGUCAAAGACAUCGUGCAGAACCCGCGGUCCCACAAUGCACGGCGCGAGCAGAGCCUGCUCCGGAAGUGGCUGCCCCCGGUGGAGGGCGCGGUGGCGCUCAGCAUCGUGCUGGCGUUCGCGUGGCAGAAAGCGGUGCGCGCCUGGCCGCGCGCCAUGGUGCGCGUCAUCCUCUGGUCAGGCUUCGGUGUGACGCUCGCGGUGGGCUCCCUGCUCAUGUGCUUCUCCAUGCCGGCCACCGUGGGUCUCGGCGUGGCCAUGGUGGUGUUCUCCAUCGGCACCGGGCUGUACGCGUGCUGGGUGACCAGGCGCGUGGGGUUCACGGCGCGGGUGUUCGAGAAGGCGGUGCAGCCGGUGGACAAGUUCCGGGGCCUGAACGGGCCGGCGUACCUGAUGGUGGCUGCCGGGUUCGUGUGGAUCUCGGUGUGGUGCGUGGCGGUGAUCGGCGCCGUGAACUUCCCGUUCCCGGGGCUGACGAUCCUGGCGCUGGUGGUGAGCCUGGCGUGGACGGCGGAGGUGAUGCGCAACGUGGCGAACCUGACGGCGAGCCGGGUGAUCGCGCUCUACUACCUCCGCGGCAUGCAGUCCAGCGUGCAGUUCAGCUUCCAGCGCGCGCUGUCGUACAACCUCGGCAGCGCGUGCCUGGGCUCCCUGUUCGUGCCCACCAUCGAGGCGCUCCGGAUCCUCGCCCGCGGCCUCAACCUCCUCGAGGGCGAGGACGAGUUCAUGUUCUCCUGCGCGCACUGCUGCCUCAACGUCAUGAACGCCGUCUUCGAGUACGGCAACAGCUGGGCGUUCGUCCACAUCGCGGCGUACGGGCGGGGGUUCGUGCAGGCGUCGCGGAGCACGUGGCUGCAGUUCGAGCGGCUGCCGGGGAUGCCGGCGCUGGCGGACGCUGACAUCACCAGCUCGGUGUGCUUCCUCACCGGGGUCACCAGCGGCGCGCUCUGCGUGGCGCUGGCGGGGUCCUGGACCUUCGUCACGCACAAGCACUACACGGCCACCGUGUCGCUCAUGGCCUUCUACGUCGGCUACCUCAUGACCCGGAUCGGCAUGGCGCUGCCGCAGGCGUGCGUGGGGUGCUACUACGUGUGCUACGCCGAGAACCCAGGGUCCAGGCUCUUCGACAAGACCAUACCGGACCGGCUGGGCAAGAUGCAGGAGGACGUGGUCGCGCCCACGCCAAGGUUCCCGCACCAGCACGUCGGCGCCGCCUGACGCCGGCCGGCAGCCGCUCUGGAUUCCGUUCGUGCUAGCAAAGUAUUACUACUACAUACAUCUUGAUGGGAUCAGGAAGCCAAGAACAUGCCAUCUCGUUCAGCUGCUGCAGGCCGAGUUCGGUUGACCCGGUGAUCCGGCAGACGAUCGAGACUUUCUGCAGCAGAGACAUUUGCCGUCGCGUGAACAGGACGCAGCUGGAGAUGGGCGAUCGGAGAAGGGAUCUCAUGACCAUGCGGCGUAGAGUAGGACUGAAGCACAAGAUCAUGUGGAGCCUUAUCAGCUUGACCACUCGGGCUUCUGCAUUCUGUGUCUCUAGUAGCAGAAAUAGUUUCCUUCUUUUCAAUUCUUUCUGUAGUAAAUAUGCUCUUCUAUUCUUUUGGCAUAUUCUUCUUUUUGUUAGUAGUUUUUUUUAAGGAAUUCUUCUUUUGGUUAGUUAGUGGUGGCUGAAGCCUGAGCAUUUCAUGCUAUCUCGGGUACAUAUGUAAACAAAGUUGAAUCUGUCAUUUUUGUAAA